AUGAUUCAUCCGUCUUCAACCCUCAAGCGAGACCCUGAAAAUGUCCAGGCCUGGCUGGUCGGCAGUGGGAUUCCCUCCCUAGCAGCAGCUGUGCACUUGAUCAGGGAAGCUAACGUCCCGGGUCGCAAUAUCCAUAUUCUGGAUCUGCGUCCGGGCUCUGGUGGGGAACUAACCACUCCUAAAGAAACACUGGAAGGGUACUUUCUCCCAUUUGAAUGCCAUCCUCAUAUCUACAGUAACUGUACAGAAGCCCUUCUGUCCCUCAUCCCUGAUCGAAAUAACCCAGGCAAGUGUUUAAUGGAUGACAUUCACGAGUUCGAGCAUUCUGCACAGCCACCACAAGAAGAUGAGUUCACCCGAGCGAUAAGACUGGGGCAUUCGGGACCACAGGCAGUUUAUACAAGGGGAAUUCAUCUCGGCUUUAAGUAUCGAAUGGACUUGAUUCGAUUUAUCUUGCAGAGCGAGACGGCAUUAGGGUCCAAAAGUAUUUCCGAUAUUUUUGAUGAGCACUUCUUUGAAACUGGGUUCUGGAUGCUCUGGUCAACAACAUUUGCGUUCCAGCCCUGGCACAGUGCAGUAGAAUUCCGAAGACAUCUCCGGAAGUAUCUGGAAGAUAUUCAAUCUCUCAACAAUGUCAAGAGAUCUCAUCGGACAAAAUACAACUUGUUUGAAUCAAUUGUUGCUCCUAUCAUGGAAUACCUGAAAGAGCAAGGGGUCGACUUCCUCUUCCACGUUGAAGUUAAAGAUCUACUAUUCUACCCUGAGAGUGAUCCAACGACUGUUUCCGAAAUCAAACUAAACAAAUCGGACCGCGAACAUCUGGUGACACUAGAUCCAGAAGAUAUAUGUCUUGUUGAUCUAGGAUUCUCCCGCUCCGGCGUGGCUUUUGGUUCGAAUGAUCUUCCCCCGUCCUUUCUAUCAUCAAACUGGGAAGAUCUUAUGAUGAAGGAAUGGAAUCUGUGGCAGACACUUUCGAAAAAGACUCCGAAAUUCGGCAAUCCAGCCAAUUAUCUCCUCCGAGCUCUGGAAUCAGGCAUUGAAACAUUCACAACCACUCUUCAGGGAGCCACAUUCAUGGAGUUAUAUGAGAACAUCACUCAUAAUCAACCAGGAACCGGUACCAUGCUCUCGCUGGUAGACAGUAACUGGGACAUCACACUUAGUAUCCCACACCAGCCAGUCUUCUCCACACAGCCAGGCAAUGUGAACGUCAUUUGUGGAUAUGCUUUAAACCCCUCUAACGAGGGAAACUUCGUCAAGAAAGCCAUGUUUGCCUGCUCUGGCCGCGAGAUUUUCACAGAGGUCCUCUCCCACUUCGGUAUAUCUCAUGAGCAAUUUCGGGAUACAGCGACAACUAUCCCCUGUGGAGAGCCCCUGGGUACAGCGGCUUUUCUGACGCGCAGUGAGGGAGAUCGUCCACUUGUUAUCCCUGAGAAUACAACCAAUAUUGCCUUUAUCGGUCAGUUCGCGGAACUCCCGGAGGAUACAACAUUGAGUAUGGAAUAUAGUGUGCGAACUGCGCAGACGGCUGUGUAUGAACUACUGGGUCUUGAAAAGGCACCGUCAGGCGUCAAGAAAAAUAUUGUUGUGGAGGUGUUUGAUUUGCUGAAAUAA